UGUCGGAGAGAAAAAAAGCAUGCAGCUACUUUCCAGCUUCAUGGGUCGGCACACGAAGGCACGAGGAGCCUCCUUGAAAAAAGGAAAGCGCGAAUCCAUCGGAGGCGGAAAUCUUAUUGGUAAUUGGCCGUAUUCGACGGGGGGUCCGGUCAGACCCCUUAGCAGUACGGUUGGCGGCGGCGGUGCAGCGGGGGGCACCAACAUGACACCCGACGAUCCCGCACCUGAUGAAGAAUUCGCCCUCGCCGUCGCGCAAAAAGCACAGAGAGAUGCAGAGGCAAUUCGCACUGCUCUGUAUCUCGGAGUGGCACUCGCGAUCACCUGGAUAAUAGGAGCGGGGGGUUUGUCGUUGGCGUGGCUGGUUUUGGUCUUGGCACUGGCAACAACUAUCGUUAAAGCGAGAGUCUCCCGGCUUCUUCAGACGGAAUUGCAGCACGAACUGGCCAGGUUACGUAGAAGACGGGCCCUGUACAAAGACGAGACCGCCGAGUGGCUCAGUUUGCUUCUCAACAAAUGGCAAGUACCGUGGAGAUUCAGCGCUGCCAGUAUAUUUUCUUUGGCGAAGGAACGACUGGAACCUCUUCUUAAUGAAGCCAAACCUGGUAUACUCGGUCCAUUAGAAUUACGCGAACUCACUCUCGGCGAACAAACGCCAUGUAUCACUCGCGUCAGAACACUCGACUGCUGCAGCGAUGAUGAUCUUCCCAAUGGCCUCUUCGGUCAGACUAAAUUGUCCAUCGAAGCGGACCUACGGUUGGACUGCGAGCAAUUCCGCAUGCUCAUCACUACGCGAUUGUUUGGUAAAGGUGUGGGAAUGGAUAUCGACCUGGCAGUGGAGAAGCUAUCGCUGUCCGGCACAAUUAUUGUUAACAUAACAUUGAACACGUCGGCGCCGUUUCCACAUGCAACCGGACUUAGCGUGAGUUUCCUGGAGAAGCCGGACGUCUGGUUCAGCGUAAGAAUUCUACGGGCGGUGCAGAUGAUGGAGAUGCCACUUAUCAAGACUUGGAUUCAUGCGGUGGUCACGGAUGCUCUGGCCAGCUGGCUGGUCGACCCAGGCCAUUUAGAGUUGAACCUGAGAGCGCGAGAGCGACCGGGUCCUGGAUUGGAUUCCGUGACCAAUUUGUUGCCACAAGGAGUACUCACCGUUGUUCUAUGUCAAAAUGGUUGUUCUGCGAACGUCGCUGAUGAAGUGAGAUGGCUCGCGGUGACGGUGGGUGAUCAAAGACGAAUUACUUCGAACUUGAGUUCCACAUGGACCGAGGAUGUAUCUUUUUUAGUCGGGCCAUUAGACAACGAGAGAAUUAUCAUCAAGUUGAAAGCAAAACGUCUCGUUAGUACAAUCACUCUAGCGCAGUUCGAGUUAGCGUUAGGAGUUUACGACUGGGAGAAUUCACAAAUCGUUGAAACAGUGUUACAACAAAAGAAACCGUCUCGCAAUAGUGCUAAUAUUCCAAAUAUCAAUGCGCGAUUAGAGUACACUACUCUGCCGCAUUUGGAUCCCGAUUUACCACAACCAGAAUUAACGGCCGAUAAUAUGCAUCUUGCAGGGGUAUUGGUGGUUUAUAUUCAUUCAGCUGAUAAUCUUCACGGCGAUAUUGCUCAGUGUAAUCCUUAUUGCAUGUUAUUUAAUAAUCGAAAGAAGGUAAAAACGACGCAUUACGUUCGCUCAACUACAUCUCCGGUUUGGGACUGCAGAGCGCAAUUUUUGGUACAGGAUUACACGCAAGUGUCGCUGAGUUUUGUCAUUUAUUCAUGGAAUAUAGUAAAAUCAAUGGAUACGGACAUGCUUGGAUUGGCUAUGCUAUCUCUGUCUCAGGACACAACAUGGAUUGUUAGAAAGGAACUCACGCUCAGCGGUUCCAACAUCGCCUCUACCAUGACGAUCUCUGUUCUGUUUUAUCCUAUCAAAAGUGUACAGCAAGUAGUUAACAGUCGCAGAAGCAGCUUGAUUCCAACUACGCUGGAUGACGAACCGAAAAUCAAACGAAACAGUUUGCCAUGGAUGCAACAGGCAAAGCUAUUAUUAACGCACAAGGACACCGAUCCCGCCUCCUCCGAUAUAUCCAGUCUCUUGUCCACUGGAAGCGGUUUGAUGGAGGUGACGUUAUUGCGCGCAAAGGAUCUCGUCGCGAAAGAUUUGAAUGGCUUCAGCGAUCCCUUCUGCGAAUUGAAACUAAACAACGAAACAAAAUACAAGAGCAGCAUAAAGAAGAAGACGCUGAAUCCUUGCUGGGAUGAGAGUUCCAUCAUGGGCUUGCCGAAGACCGGAGAAGCUUUAGAUAUCGUAUUAUGGGAUCAUGAUACUUUCGGUAUGAAGGAUUAUCUUGGGAAAGUAUCACUGAUUCUCGAUGAUAUCAGAAAGCUAUCAAACAGCGAUCAGUCCCAUUGGUUUCCGCUCAGAGAAACCAAAACGGGAUCUAUAGAACUGAAAAUUAAGAUCUUAUCGGAAGAGUGUGAGACACAAAGCACGUAUGCAACAAGCAAUGUCAGCGACAAUUCUUCUCGUUUGAACACCGAACCUGAUUCCUUAUCGAGUAUUGUGCGAAGGCCUUCUAUGGAAAGAUCUAAAAUACGUCUACAUUUGGAUCCAGUUGUACCUCCUCCGCCUCCGCCACGCACCGUCACUCUCCUGAAGCCAACCACAUCCAACCAGUCCGAUAAAGUUAGUAUCACCAGUAAAGAGUCCAAUGAAAUAAACGGAACAUCGAGCUUUUGGAUUCCGAAAGUCAUUACAGAAUCAGUUGCGGGUAAUUCCGUCGAUGAGGCCGACACCACUAAAGUGAUCGCAGAAAGGCGAUCUUCUCAUCAUAGUUUGACACCCAGUCCUGAACAAAAUUUUGGCAAGAAGUUACCACAGUACAACAGUUUCCGCAUGAUGAAGCAGAAGGUGAAGAGGGGUUUAAAACUUCGUAGAUUUCGUUCGGAAGUAACUAUAGAAGAUAAAAAUGAUAAUAAAGGCAUUACGCUAAGCCUGGAACCCAGAGGCGGCGGAGAAGCUGACGCCACGGAGCUUUUGUCGGAAUCUGGUCUUGCUCAUGCGGUGUCGCAACCUGACAUGUUAGGCAGGAUAAGGCAACCCAGUCCGCGGUUAAGAUUGAGGCCGAAUGAUUUAAAAAUUGUCAACGGCACUAGAGAGAAAUAUUCCGGAGUGGAAGGGAAGGUUCUUCAGGCGCAGGGUCUCCAUGUAGCGCACAUUGCCCAAUUAUACUGCCGAGUAAAACUUCAAACAUGCACCAGUCCAGAUAAGAUUGUCUCGCCUAAUGGCGGUAAGACUAUCGCGAAAUCGCGACUCCUGCCAGCUAUGCCUAAUCCUCAGUUUAGCAUAGAUUUCCAUAUAGACGGCGACGGUGUACCGAGGCAGUCGGUACUAAUAUUCGAGAUCAGGAGCGCCAGUAAGGAGUUGCUAGCCAGUCGACGUAUAACUCUACAUGAAUUGCUAGGUGUAUCUGCAGCUACUGAUGAGAUUCACACAUGGUUGGCAUUGAAUAACGGUGCCUCGCUGGAAGUACAAAUCGCUCACGGUAAAGAGCUUAAGAAUAAGUCGACGAAAAAGUUGUUUCGCUCUUGGUCUGUUCAUCGGAUAGGAAAAAUAUGA